GCCAUUUGUUCGCCAUAUUAAUUUCUCUUGUUGGCUUAAUUCGAGUACGAUUACGUUACAAAAAUACGAAAUAGUUUAAUGCAUAGUGUAUUUCGUUUUAUAACUAAAAAAGUAAAAGUAUAAGAAUCGAGUAUAUUAGAACAAUUUGCAUUACAUUAGGUUCACAUUGAAUCCAAAAUUUAAAAAUGUCGGCUCACGAGCAAAUGAGGGCAAUGUUGGAUCAAUUGAUGGGUACGGCUCGUAAUGGCGAAACCGACAAACAUGGGGUUAAAUUUUACGACGAUUCAGUAUGCAAAUCAUUUUUACUGCAAUGCUGUCCUCAUGAAAUAUUGUCUUCGACGCGAAUGGAUUUAGGUGAGUGUCCUAAAAUACAUGAUCUGGCGCUUCGUGCGGACUUUGAGUUAGCAUCGAAAACCAAAGACUAUUUCUAUGACAUUGAUGCUACGGAGCAUUUAGAGGCGUUUAUCGCGGACUGCGACAAGCGCACGGCGGCCGCGAAGCAGCGGUUGGCGGAGACGCAGGAGGAGCUGUCAGCCGAGGUGACGGAGAAGGCGAAUGCGGUACACGAGCUCGCCGAGCAGAUCGGACAGAAGCUUGCCCGAGCAGAGGCGCUCGGCGAGGAGGGCAUGGUCGAAGAGAGUGUCAAACUUAUGGGAGAGAUUGAUGAGUUGCGCAAGAAGAAGGCGGUGGCGGAGCAGGAGUACCGCAACUCCAUGCCGGCGAGCUCGUACCAGCAACAGAAGCUGCGCGUGUGCGAAGUGUGCUCCGCCUACCUCGGCAUACACGACAACGACCGCCGCCUCGCCGAUCACUUCGGCGGCAAACUACAUCUCGGAUUUAUAACUAUACGCGAGAAACUUGCCGACCUCAAGAAAUUGGUGGAGAAGCGACGCGAGGAGCGCGGGGCGUUAGAGCGUGAGCGCGGCGGGGGGCGGCGGCACUACGUGGGCGGGCGGGAACUGGACCGCCGCGCGCGCAGGCACCGCGAGUCCGCUCGGGACCGCGACCGUGAUCGUGACCGCAAAGAUGCGGAUCGCAAGGAAGCAGACCGCAAGGAAGCAGACCGAAAAGACUCAGAACGUAAGGACGCCGACCGAGAACGAGAACGAGACCGCAAUAAGGACCGCGAGCGGGACUACGAACGUGAACGCGAACGCAGACGCAGUCGCAGCCGGUCCCGCAGCAGAAGCAAGCGCGAGGGGUCUCGGGAGCGACGCGGCGAACGUGGCGAGCGCGGGGAGCGCGGGGAGCGCGGGGAGAGGCGCAGCAAGUCGCACCGCCGCUCCUCCUCGCGCGACCGCCGGAGGGAAUAACACAGCCCCCCACGUGACCCACGCGUCGACCACACGCACACCGACAUAGCUACCACUACACCGAACUCUAGUACGCACUAUGAUUUUGUCUCAAAAAUGAAUACGUUUUAUAGAAGAGUUCGCGUAUAUGCGAACAGAAUUCUAAAGUCGCGUUUGAAAAAAUCAUAGUGUGAGCUAUAACAGGUAGCAUUAAAUAUCGUAUUAAAUAGACAAAACUAUUACUUUGGUAAUGUGGAUAAAAUAUGGUACAUAGAACUUUAGGAUUUGAAGAAA